AUGCUGGCAAAUAAAGAGGCUCAUAUUGACAAGAUUCGCUCUUUGUUCUCUCAGCUUGGUGCCGACAAAACAGGCGUCAUCACUUAUGCCAUGUUUGAAGAGGGGAUCAAUUCGCCUGCCACCUGCGAAUACUUCGAAUCUUUGGGCUUGGAUGUGUGGGACGCCUGGUCGUUCUUCAAGUUGUUGGACUUGGACAAGGGUGGCGCCGUGGAGAUUGAGGAAUUCUUCAAGGGCUGCUUGAGACUCCGAGGUCAAGCCCGUGGAGUGGAUGUAGGAAAGAUCCUUCAUGACCAGACUUGGCUUAUCAAGAACACGGGUCACUUCCAGGCUUACAUGGAGGUGAAGAUGAAGCAGCUUACCGAAAUGACCAGGAGAAGCAGGCCGACAAUUCAGCAAUAA